CUGAAAUUCAACAUGGCGGACGCUUGACGUUUGAUGCUCAUCGACCGCUCCGUCAUCUAAAAUCAAUAUGUCCUUUGAAUGAGUAAGGGUUGGUAGUUGGAACAGAAAGCUGGAGGCAAUGUAGACGCUUUGGUUAUGAAUUGGUCAAAGCCACAAUGUAGCAAUUGAAAUAUGGAUUCCGAAGCUUUCGAGAUCGCCAGAGGCCUAUUCAACUCGAAAGGUAUCGUAUUCGGACAACUUACUGUCUAUGUAGAUAAUAGUAUUUUACAUGAUAAGCUGAAUUACGCCCGCAAAUUUUUGCGGGCGUAAUUCAGCUCAUCAUGUCAUGGUGAUGACUUCAACAUUUCUUUGCUCCUUUAAAAAAAUACCAAUAGAUUCCAUGUUGCCGUGGGUCUGUGCAGUUACUGUAAUAAAUUACAGAAGACUUUAAAAUGUGUUAAGAAUAUUAGUCACACACUUGGCUGUGCCCUUUGUUUCCACUUUUGUGUUCUUACUUCAUCUUGUUGUUAUCUGUGAUGUACUAAAAACUGAACAAACAACAUGACCAACAUGAAGAGAGGGGCUCGAUUUAUUUCUUGGAAUUUCCUUGUUCAAACGAUGUUAUUUAUGACAUGUAAAUGCUGUCUUUGAUCUAAAUAAUUUUUUGUUACAUAAGGUAGGAUUGGAAUGUCAAUAUUAUGCUUUUAAUUUCCCAUUGGGACAUACCCUAUUUACUAUUUUCCAACCCCCCCUCCCUCAAUGGCACUCCUGUGGAGACCAAAGGACCUGUGGAAAUAUUUUUGAAGAGGUGGUCAUAAUUUUGAACUUGUGGAUACAAUUUUAAAGGAGAAAAAACAGAAAAUAAACUAAGAACAAAGCUGUAGUCCUGUAGAUGCACUAUUGUUUUGUCCAUUAAUUAAGAACUGUAAGCAUAAUGGAGCAUGGAGCUGCGCAGAAAUCUUACCAGGGUCAGUUAACCCUUUACACCCUAACAUUGGUAUUCAUAUUCUCCAUACUGUUCUCUAUACCUUUCCUCUGUUACUGGAAAGGAGAAUUUGUUUGACAAUCGGGUACUUCUUAACCCCUUCAAGUGACCAAGACAGAAUUUCUCCUUACAAUAUCAAUACAAUAUCAAGCAGGCAGGUGAUGAGAAUAGAGAAGAAUAUCAAUUAUGGGAUUGUUAGUUGAUCCAAUACCAAAUUCUCUGAACUAACAUCAUAAGAAUUGUAUGGCAGAUAGUAAGGAGAAUUACUGAUCAGAUCUUGGGAGUGAAAGGGUUAAAUUGGUGAUCAUUUCCUUUAUUCUCAUGACCUUUACAUUUGAUUCAAGGGUGAUAUUGUAAGGAGAAAUUAGAAGCCAGUCACUAUUGAGGGCUUAAAGGUUAAGAAAUGGAGUGUCCUCCUGAUGGAAACUGAUGCAAGAUUUUGCUUUUUUUUUCUGUUGUUUAAUCAAAACUAUAACAGAAGUCUUGAAUGUCAUUGUUUAUCACCAGCCCAGUUUGAGCACCAAUAGGACAGUGUAUGCAUUAUUCUUGUAAUUGGAUGGUGUAAUUUGACAAUUAUCAUGUUAUGCCUGUGUAAAAGGACAGUAUGCUUCAUGUGUGCACGCUGUUGUCAUGCAUUUUCACUAAAUUAACAUUUUUUUUUUUUUAUGAAAGCAUGUAACUGAUGUCUACAGUAGUUUCUUUAUCAAAUUUUACUGUAGUCUUGAUUAGUUGGUAGCAGGACCAAAUGGAGUCCAAUUCUGUCUGUAAUCAUACUCAAUCAGACUCCCCCCUAAACCAUUGUCUAAUUUUGUUAAUGACUCGUAUCAUUACUGACUGAACUGGACUCCAAUCAGUCUUAUCACCAUUAUUGAUUAUUCAAGUGAGCAUCCAAAGACCGCCUACUGCAGCCCAACAUGGUGUGCUCACUACCAGCUCUAGAGGGCCACCACCUCAGGCUGGAAUAAAGCCUCGUCCAUUCAGUGCCAAGGCUAGAAUAACUACAGAAAGGGUUGGUGAAAAGACAAAUGUAGGGCACAGAUCACGACCUCCAUGGAGACCAUUUUCUGGACAUGCUGCACUGAACAGACCAGCUCCUUUAAUGAACAAAGAAUGUGACAGUAGCACAGUUGCGAUGAAAGAGGAACUCAGCCAAGAUUCUACUCCUGUUCCCUCAGUGUACAAAGACAGGUUAGAUUUUCACGUGUUAAGAGAAUUCUAAGUUUGUUUUAGCCAAACACCUCAUAAACUGUAGAUUUACCUCAACCCUUUUUUUCCCUAACAUCAGAGGGCAUAUUCUCCAUACUGUUCAUUAUACAUUUCCUAAGGUGCUGACAAGGAGAAUCUGUUCAAUAAUCAAGAGGUGCUUUGGUUAAUGAUUAUUUCCUCUUUUCUUGUGUCCUUAAAGUUUGGCUCAGGGAAAAUAUUGCGAGGAGAAAUUAGAUGCUAAUCACUCUUAGGGACUAAAGAGUUAAGACCAGAAUUAUUACUGACAGUAACUUUGUUUUGUCCCAAUUAAUGUGAACAGGUGUUUGCCCAAGAAUCUUACAAUUCUACAAGAGUGGCUGACGGAAGAUGUGCCAAAUAACUGGUGAGUACUUGUAUUAUUUUUUGAUGCGUUGUUUCCUUUGAUUGAACAUUCCAAGCUUUGUUGUCAAUACCAGACAUGUGUACAAUGUGUUCAAUUUGAGGCUCCAAUUUUUUUCUUGGUUUAAAAGUUUUGAUCCAAUUAAUUUUCCCCUUUGUUUUAGUUCUUAAAGAAGAGAGAAGAUCUUGAACUAACAAAAGUAAAAGUCAAACUGGUUUCAAAAACUUUUUUCUUGCGUUGUAAAGAUUUUGAACCAGAACACAAACCACAUCCUAUUAACAAUACCAAUAACUUGAGACAUGCAGUUUGCACAUAGCUAGGAUCUUUUUAAAGCCUAAGUUUUGUAAGUAACACUUUUUCAGUGAUUUCCAUCUUAACCAUUUGUAGCCCAGCAUUAGUAUGCAUAUUCUCCAAACUGGUCUUUGUAAAUUUUCCAUGCUACUGACAGUGGAAUUUGUUAAGAGCUUUUUUUUUAGUUGGUGAUCAUUUCCUUCAUUCUCAUGACCUUAGUGUUUCAUUCAGAAGAGAGACUGUAGGCAGUGAUAUUUUUCCCCGAAUGAUUUAGUCUUCUAACCCAUUACUCUCUACAUAUUUUACCCUUUGAUCUAUAAGAUUAGCAUCUAAUUUCUCCUUACAAUCACAAAUUGAGGUCAUGAGAAUAAAGGAAAUUAUCAUUAACCAAAGAAUCUACUGAUUGUUAUACAAAUUCUCCUUGUCAGCACCUUAGGAAAUGUAUAGAGGAAAGUUUAGAGAAUGUACACACUGAUCUUUGGGUGUAAAGGGUUUAGUUGACUACUAAGCUCAAAAUUGGUGUUUCUUCAUGAAAAAAAGGGCUAAUCUAGCUCGUCCUGUUCUGUUGACAGGCCAACACAACUUACACCCAAACACAGCUUUGUAUUCCUGCCAUGCAUGCAGUCAGAGGAGUGUGUGUGGGACAAGUUACCUGUUGUUCCACCUGCUCAGCAGCCUGAUGAUGUGUUGAUAUUUACUCCAGAACCACAAGUUAAGGUACAGUACAUGUAUGUGGUGUUGAUAUUGUAGGAGACAUGGUGACCCAAAGGUUAGCAUGCUAUACUCUGUUUAAAGAAGUGCAGCCUUGAGUCACCUGGCUGAGUCAAUGUGUUAUGUUCUUGGGCAAAUCACUUCACUCUGACAGUGCCUCUCUUCACCCAGGAGUAUAAAUGGGUACCAGAGAACUGUCAGGAACCAGACCACAUGCUUGGUAGAGAGGGGAUGCUUGGGAUGGAUUGUCAUCCCAUCUAGGGAGGGGAGGAAUACUCCUCAUCAUUUUAUGACCCAGAAACCAGGGUACAUGAAAAGUGAUUGGUCAAUUUUGCUCUAAUUUUUUUGGCUGCAAGACUGACUCAGUGUGAGACAGUUGUGAUUGGUGAGUGUCAUUCCAGUAGUAAAUUAUGUUUCAUUGAACAAUUGGUUCAUAUGUCAGCGUGCGUUCAUCGAGAUAUGAAGCACAUGGGAAGUUUGGAGAGCAGGAAAGAUGCGAAAGAGAAGAGAAAGAUGCAUCAAGAAGCUAGAGUUGCUCUUGGCUACGCCUCGAGCAACUCUUACACAUCUUUUGUGCUCUCCAAACUUCCCAUGUGCUUUAUAUAUCGAUGAACACACAGCUGACACAUGAACCAAUUGUUUUAUAACAUUUUCAAUAUUUUUAUGAAAUUUUUUUCUCAAGUGAUUUGUUUGCUGAUGUCAUAAGCGUGCACAAUAGGAAUACGAUGCACACUCUUGCAAUUGAAUUUGAUUAGAAAAAUUUACUUGCUAUGUUACAAUGUAGGUUGUUCUGUCUGGUUCACUUAGUUUUAGUGAUGCAGUGAGUAAGUCAUUUGUACUUUAGGUGCUGGCAGCCAUAGAUAUCCUGUCAAUGUUUCCUUAAAUCUUUUAAUUGUUUACAGAAAUUUAAGCCCCCAAAACCAAGACUGCAGUCAUUUGUUGAGGUAUGAUUAAAAAUAUUUCAUGACGUACAACUUUAUCAUACAAAAAUAAUAAUAUUUUUUUUUUCCAACUUCUGAUUUCAUGCCUUGUCUUUUGACUACUGGUGAGAUACUUGACCCCUGAACUACAGAGAACAUUUGUAUCAUUCAAUAUUUGAGAAGUGUUUUUAAUAUCCCUUUACACCUUAAUAUCAUUAUGUAUAUUCUCCAUACUAUUCUCUUUACAUUUCCUAAAGUGAACACAAGGAGAAAUUGUUCACAAUCAAGAGUUGCAAACCAGUUUUUCAUUUGUUAAAUUUUUUUUUUCAAGGAGGAGGAGAGAAGGUGCAAACACAGGUGAACUGUUUUGUAAUAUAUUGAUAGAAUGAAUUUAACAAAUGAUAGUUAAGCAUAUUUAGGAUUAGAAGUGUUUUCAAUUGAAGUUCUUUCUACUGGACUGAUAAAAAAGAUUUUAGCCUGCUCUAUGGUAAAGUUUGCACUCAAGCCAAAUGGCUCAUCCUGUCUUAGCUUAGCUUACCCUGGUUUGAAUUACAUGAGGCAGCUUGGAGUGUUGUUAGUAUAAACUGGUCAGGUCACCUGGAAGUCAUGUCAGCCAGAGGUUGAGUCAUGUUGCCCAAAAGUUUGGUUAUUUUGCCCAAAAUUUUGGUCAUGUCACCCAAAAUUUUAGUCAUUUUGCCCAAAAUUUUGUUUAUGUCACCCAAAAUUUUAGUCAUGUUGCCCUAAAUUUUAGUCAUGUCUCCCAAAAUUUUAGUUAUGUUUCCCAAAAUUUUAGCCAUGUCACCCAAAAUAAAAAGUCAAGUCACCUGAAGAAACAAAUACUUAAAAGUUCAGACUUACAGACUGUAAAUAAGCAAUUACUGGUGAGUUGAGAAUUCUGUAUUACUAAAGCGCUGUAAACUAUAAUAACAUGGUAUUUAUUGUUAUUUUUUAAGAAGUAACAUUGUGAGAACAGAUCCAAGUCCCUCUACACAUGAGUAAGUACAUGGAUGAAGAACAUAAUUUUUCACAUGAACCCUUCAACUCCAAUAUCUCAUCAGAGAUUCUUCUCAUCAUCUGCCCUCAUCAUCUGCCAUACAAUUCUUGUGAUGUUAGUUCUGAGAAUUUGCUAUCAAAUCAACUUAUCUCCCAAUUUAUAUUUUUCUUUAUUCUCAUCAUUUGUCUACUUGGUAUCGUAUUGAUAUUGUAAGGAGAAAUUCUGUCUUCAUUAUUCAUGGAAGUUGAAGGAUAAAUAACAAUGUGUGUAACCAUUUUUGGAAUACACUGGAGAUUUCAUACCAAGAUGAAAUUUACAGAUGUUUUUGCCUCUAUUUUAUUCUCACUUUAAGCUUCUUUCAAUUAUGUUUUUAGCAUUUUUGAGGGAAUGCAGAGAGCAGAUAUUAUUAGACAAGAGAUUGAAGAUCUUGAAAGGCUGUUACAAGGUAACUAUUAACAGUGGAGGAGCAGGGAGUGUAGGGCAUGGUGGUUUUGCCCUAUUUUACAAUGCAAUUGGUCCAAAAACAAGCACCACUUUUUUUUUUCACCGAUCAGAUGCAAACUUAAACCAAGUGUGGCUUUAUCUCUUUUUAUUCACACAGUUUGCUAGUUUCUACUUCGAAUUCUCAUUGGCUCGUUGAGAUAUUUACUUUCUUCUGAUUGGCUCAAUUGAAAUGUGCUGUAAUGGUAGGGGUUUCAAUAAUGGGGGAGGGGGGGAUUGCAGGUGGUUUCCUGUAGCCAGGAGACCUUGAAUUCCGUCUGUUAAGCGUUCAAGCGCUCUUUUUGAUGCCCAGAAUACUGGAAAUUGCAAUUCCUGACUAUAUAUAUAUAUACUUUUUUUUUUUUUUUUUUUUUUUUGGGGGUUUAUGAACCAUUCCCCCCCCCUUUCGGAAAAGGAGCCUUACAUCCUCUUCCUCAACCUUUUCUGUUACACUGUCGGCAGCCGCGUAUUGACAAUGUUAUUAAAACCCCAGAGUAAUAAGUUGAUAUGUAACCAAAAGAAACUUGUUGACAAAAAAUUAUUUUUAUCAUUAAUUUUAAUAUUGUUUUUCAUUUUAGGCAUCGGAAACCCCAAGGGCUCUUCUAUAGUAGUGCGAUACCAGCAUGAUAUAAAUUACUUGAGAGACAUGGCCAGAAACACAGUUGAAGGAUAUGAAUUGUGAGUGAAAAUUAUCAUACCAUACAAAUUCUCGGGUUUUUUUUUUCUAUUUCAACAUUCAAUGACAUUGAUUACCACUUGCAAAAUAUAAAUGACAUUCAUGUAAAUGUAAUUUUAAAAAAUUGAAUUUUAAACUCCUAACCCUUCAGUCAUGUACCGUGUUAACUUAGCGUUUUGUGGGAUAGUGUUUUUUUUUCGUGUUUGACAGGGACACUUUUUUAGCAGUUGUGGAUGAUUUAAACGUUUGCUGGGAACAGCUUUCUUCCAAUUUAUUUUCACGCAGCACAAAAUUAAGGAAACCGAUAAUGUUUUCAACCGAUGUUACUUAAUGAGUAACAGCACACUGCAGUACUGACCACAUUGUGUAUAUCUAAGAUCUGGUUUGUUCUCCCUCGUCUUCACAGUUCCCAGGAGGCGCGGAGUCUUACCCCAGUAGCUGCCAGUUUUCAGGUAGGAAAAAAUCUAUCUCAUAGGCAUGACAGUUUAGCUACACGGGGGAAGUGAGUAGGAUAAAUUUGCACCAGUAAGUCAAAUUUCCAUUGUUGAAUGUAAAAAGUAUCCCCUGGACAGAGGUUUCCUGUUGAUGCAGGUAACAGUAUAUCGGCCAUAUCUCCAGUUAGGACCAAAGUUUAUUUGCCUUGAAUGAAAAGGUCCCAUUGUACAAAGGUUGGAUUUAGAAAGCGCCGUUAAGUACCUUUCCUCAAAGUAGCUCCUCAACUUAAGUUCUUCUUUGCAGGAGGAUCUUGUUAGAUAUCCUGAGAAACACGACCAGAUUGUGGCGACUAUUAAAGAACGACGGGAUCGAUGUGUGAAGCAACUGGCUGACAUAGAACAGGAGAUUAUGAACAAGAGCUCAUGAUCUUCACAAGGCAGAGGAGGGUGCAAUCUGAUGCCGAAUCCUUAUUCACGGUUUAGGCGGACAGUUUCAGUCCAGUACUGCAUGAGUGAGCUUUGUUUUAACGUGUUAGACUUAGGACUGAUUGCUUGUAAAAAAAAGAAAUUGUAGUAAAUCGCGAGGUUAAUGACAAAUGCGUCCUAUUUUUAUUCUUCCCUUUCCUGACGAAAUAUAAUAGGGAACUGGAGAAAGGUGUGUGAAAUUAAAGAGAACUAUUUUUUCGUUAAGAGUAGCGUGCGAAAAAACGUCACUUUUCUUUGCUUUUUCUAGGCGGGCGGGGCAAGUGCGAG